UGAUCUGAGCUCUCACUGUGUGAAUGCGAGUCAGCCGGCAAACCAGCCAGCCAGAGAGGGACAGUGUGUGAGUGUGAGGGUGUGAGGUGCAAGAGUCUGUGCAUGUGUUUGUGUGUGUGAGUGUGUAUGUGUUACACAGAGAGAGAGAGAGAGAGAGAGAGAGAGAGAGAGAGAGGCAGUGUAGGAAAAGCCAGGCAGCCGGUACAGUGUUUUAAAGUGAACGAUACAUCGUGCUCUGCUCCUUUGCCUCUCUUUGGACUAUACCACUAACAGGGACUCACCCUUUGGACUAUCCCGACGCUUCCUCCUCCUCUUGCCUUUGAAGGGAACACCUGUGUGUGUGCGUGUGUGUGUAUGUGUGUGCGUACGUGUGCGAGUGUGCGUGUAUGUGAGUGAAUCGAGACAACAGACUUAGCCCUGGUGAACAGGGCUAUUGGAUGACUUCAGUGGAUGAGGGUUUGGCUGGUGGAAAGAGGGGGAUUGCUGCUGACCAUGGACUCCCCUCACUAGUAAACGGGGGCGGUGAGGAGGAGCGGCUUUGUCCGGUCAUCAUGUGCACGCGGGCCUAUCCUGACCCCGUCCCUGAGUGCCAGCUGUUCCCGGGAGAGGUGGAGGAGCCUGAGGAGGAGGUGGCAGACGAGGGCAGGGAGAGGGAAUCAGACAGAGACAGUGCUGUGGAAAGCACCCUAGGGUCAGACACUUUCGACGGGCUGACCAGACCAGGCGACAAGGAAGACGCACUGGGGGAUCUCUUUUUCCCUGGGGAGAAGUGUGGUCAGACUAGUAUCUCAGUGACCUCUGACCUAUCAACACGUUCCUCAGCUUCUCUGAACGAAGAGCAGUUUGAGGACUACGGGGAGGGAGAAGAACCAGACUACACUCUCAGCAGCCCCUGUCCGGACGACGAGACUCGUACCAACGGAUACUCUGACCUCGGCUCAUCUGUACCCUCGAGUGCAGGACAGACUCCUCGUAAGGUGCGUCAGCAUUACACUGGUGAACUGAUGGAUGUCUAUUGUUCCCAGUGCAGCAAAAAGGUCAACCUUCUAAAUGACCUGGAGGCUCGCCUCAAAAACCUCAAGGCUAACAGCCCCAACAGGAAAAUCUCCAGCACUGCCUUUGGAAGGCAGCUGCUCCACAACAGCAACUUGAGCAGCAGUAACGGCAGUACGGAGGAUCUUUUCCGAGACAGCAUCGACUCCUGUGACAUCGACAUCAAUGAGAAGGUGAGUUCUCUGGAGAAGAAGGUGGCAGAACUGGAGAAUGAGAUUCUGAUGAACGGUGAUCUCAAGUCCAAGCUGAAGCAGGAGAACACACAGCUAGUACACAGGGUUCAUGAGCUGGAGGAGCAGCUGAAAGACCAGGAGACACGAGCAGAACAAAAUCUGCAGGAGGGGCUGAGACGACAUCGAGAGGCCUACAGCAAGAUGGAGAGAGACAUGACUUCACAGACAGAGCUGCUGACCAACCGAGUUAAGCAGCUGGAGGAGGAGAACAGCGAGCUGGCUCUCAACAUGUGCAGGCUCAAGUCGCAGACAGAGAAACUGGAUGAGGAGAAGCAAAGAAUGACAGACAAGUUGGAGGACACCAGUCUGCGCCUGAAGGAUGAGAUGGACCUCUACAGGAAAAUGAUGGACAAACUGAGACAGAACAGACUCCAGUUCCAGAAAGAAAAGGAAGCCAUGCAGGAGCUGAUAGAGGACCUUCGUCGAGAGCUGGAGCAUUUGCAGCUGUUCAAGCUGGAGGCAGAAAGGCCUGGUCGCAGCCGUACCUCCUCCUCCAGCCUGUCGGACUUCAACAGCAGGACCAGGGAGGUGGAGCUGGAGCAUGAGGUCAAGAGACUCAAGCAGCGAUUUGUGUCCCAGGACUUUCUACCCUCUGAAUUCCAGCACCUGAUGUUGUCUGGGGCUUGGCUCCGUCCUGGUCUGAUGGAGAACCAGAAACUGAGGGAGCAGAACGAUGACCUGAAUGGUCAGAUCCUCAGCCUCAGCUUAUAUGAAGCUAAAAACCUGUUUGCCACACAGACCAAGGCCCAGUCCCUGGCUGCAGAGAUAGAUAACGCCUCCAGAGACCAGUUAAUGGAAGCCCUAAAGGAGCAGGAGGAAAUCAACUUGCGUCUGCGACAGUACAUGGACAAAAUCAUCCUGUCCAUCCUGGACCACAACCCCUCCAUCCUGGAGAUCAAAAACUAGCAGUGAUUCAACUGGAAUGAGAGUCGUUCUCGAACUCGGGAGAAUGAGGAUCAUUCCAGUUGUUUGAUCAGAACCUGCAACCCGAGUCGUGAGUCUGUACAGUGAAGCAGAGACAGGCAGAUCCAGUCUUGGAAACUGGGACAUAUAAAUAGACAUGCAUUGCCCCCUGCUGCUUGUGGACAGGAAAUGGACUUCUCUUGCAGCAAAGGUUGAGUGAGACUCCACACGGAACUUAAGAGCCUGUGGUUGCUCACUGACUUUAGGUCAUACUACUGUGACUCUUCAACUCGAUCUACCCUGUUUUGUUUUUAUUCUCUGUUUAUGCUGUGAACUGUAGUUACUGUCACAACUUUGAUCUCACAAGACAAAACUGGUGAUUUCUUCCAAGGAACAUCCUGCGUUCAAAUGCGUUGAGGAUCGACAAAGUCACUUGAUGUAGUACACUGGACAUAAUGUACUUGGGCAUAAAAACUGGAACAAUGUAACAAACCUGAUGUGGGUUCUACUGUAUCCUGGUGUAACAUUGGUGAUCUUAUUUACAGACAGACAGUUUGGUGCAGUGUAGCAAGAUCCAUUUUAGGUAAAUACAGUGAGACAGACAUGAAAGCAGGUCAGUCCACUGUUGCCCGAUCUGUAAACUGCCAGUCUUUUCUUCCCUAUCAUGCAGGUGUUCUCUGAAUGCAUGUGACAUACUUGGACAAGCAGGUGUUAAAAGAAGACUGGGAAAUGAGGCAGAAGUGGAUAGAGAAAGAAAAGAAGAAUGCCUUGAUUAUAAGUUGAAAACAGCGACUUAAGCAACAGUGUUUUCUCUGAAGAGGUGGGGAGUCAGAUGAUGAACCACGUAAUGCUAGCAAAGAAAGGUUUUUGUGAAGUCUCUGAAGGAUAACUGAAGGUGAAGAUUUAUGUUUUUGUUUAUUCUUGAGAACAUGUCUUCCAGGAACCUUUGAAACAGUACUUGCAGUGUCAAUCAGUCCAAAAGUGAAAAUUCUUUCACCAAGAAGUGGCCCUUAGGUUGGUUCAGAUGAUUAGCAGAGUGUUGCUUUAUGGCACAGAAGCUGCAACCAAGGAGUGUCUUUAAACUGUAACUUCCCGUUGCUGCUAUUUGCUAGCAAAGCAUGAGCUUGAUAAAAAUUCUCUGUUGCUAGCAAUAGACCCAAUGAUGUUGCACAGAAAUGUAAUGAUAUGAAUGUACAGGAUGUAUGAUGGAUUUACAUUGGAGUGGCUGGUAGCCAUUGUGACAUGGUUUACUGAAUCCUCUCUCUGUGCUCAGUGAAAUCAACUCAGAUACUGGAUGUGAGCAUCCACUACUCUUUGGUACAAAAGACUGGAUUAACAAUCUCACUGAAGCCUCCAGGUUGCAGAUUGUAGUUAAUGCCCCCAUGGCUCUCUGAAGCUAUCUAAUACUGUAAAUAUCAUGAAUGUACAACUUGAUAUUUCACUUUCUGUGUGGUCAAAAAGGCUUUUUGAAUCUAAGUCUGUAAUUGGUUAAGACAUGUUGUAACACAUGUGUACAGUAUUCUGUACUGUAAUGAAGAGGGCACUGUUUUAGAGGGGAAACAAUUACAAUCUGCUGUGUUAUGUAAUUAUUCUAAACUUGAGUUUUGCUUCCUUGCACAAAAAAAACAAACAACUUUUUGUUUCCUUUUGCAUGGUCCACCUUUUCUUCUGUCUGUGCCUUUUGGGGACAUUUUUCAAGACAAUGUUGCUACAGAUUUACACAGUUUUUGGAGGUACAGUCUAUGUCUGUCUGACAUUUUCUUGACUUGUAAAUGUUGUAAUUAUAUAGUGAUAAUUUGUAUUCAUGUGCCACUCACCACUCUUUUUCAGAUUGAUACUAUGAAAUCUAUUUUAUACAGUUUUAUCACGAAAGAACUUGUGAUUGCUUAGGUGUCCUAUUAGAAAAGCAGUAUAGCACAAUGCUUUGUAUGGUACGCAAGCCAGGAUAGCAAUUUGGGAAUAUUUUGUUAAUGUAAUAAUUUCUUAAUGCAGUAGAGGAUAUUGUGUCGCAUUUCUCCUCUUUUUUGUUUGUUUGUUUUGUUAGUCACAGUAAUUCCAUUGCUUUUCAAUUUGCUUUAAACUGGCUUUUUAUAUGGUUGUAAACUGUCUUCCUAACUUAAACUAAAUGGUGAACAUUAUGAGCAAUAUUAACUUAUUUACCAGUACAGUACCUGCUGACUUGUGUCCUGUUUUGCCUCACGAAUCUUUUCACUCUAUAGCUGCUUGUGCCAUCCUAAAUUUAAAAAAAAAAAAAAAAAAAAAUCAUCAGUGCAUUGAACUGUAGAAUCUGUCACAAACUCAUUUCUUGUAGCUCUUAAAUUUUGAAUCAUUAGGGCUAUCCAAUGCGAUGUAGUCACUAUAAAUGGCAAUAAAAAUGGCUUUGGCAGUGAUGCUGUCUCACGAAAUUUCAUCAUUUUAAAUUGUUUUUUGCCCUCAUGUCCAUUUAUAUAAUAAACUAUAAUUUCUAAAACAUGAAA